AUGGGUGGUUGCAAUAGCAACGGCGAACGGUCAACGAAUGUGCCACGUCAUUGAGAUUCCUUUCACACUUUGCGUUUCCCAAAAUAACCUCCAAAAUCGAAAAGCCCAAUAAAAGGGAUCUGACCAAUGACGAGGCCCAUAUUUGCAGUGACUCUCGAACGCAGAAGCAGAGCUAGCACCAUUCUCACUAUCAAUGGCGAAGACCUUCAAGUACAUCAUCCUCGGAGGAGGCGUUGCCGCCGGUUAUGCUGCAAGGGAGUUUGCCAAACAGGGACUUAAGCCAGGGGAGUUGGCAAUCAUAUCCAAAGAAGCGGUAGCACCGUAUGAACGUCCUGCUCUAAGCAAGGCUUACCUUUUUCCAGAGUCCCCUGCUAGACUUCCUGGGUUCCAUGUUUGUGUGGGAAGUGGAGGAGAAAGAUUGCUUCCUGAGUGGUACAGUGAGAAAGGGAUAGAAUUAAUUCUUAGUACAGAAAUAGUAAAAGCAGAUCUUGCUGCAAAAUCUCUGAUCAGUGCUGGUGGAGAAACAUUCAGUUACCAGAUUUUGAUUAUUGCAACUGGCUCAACAGUUAUAAGGCUGACAGAUUUUGGCGUACAAGGAGCUGAUGCCAAAAACAUCUUUUAUUUGAGGGAGGUUGACGAUGCUGACAAAUUGUAUGAAGCUAUCAAAGCAAAGAAAAAUGGGAAAGCUGUGGUCGUUGGGGGAGGAUACAUUGGUCUGGAGCUUAGUGCUGUGUUGAGACUCAACAACAUUGAUGUUACCAUGGUCUACCCAGAGCCUUGGUGUAUGCCACGACUUUUUACAUCUGGUAUAGCUGCAUUCUAUGAGGGAUACUAUGCAAAUAAGGGGGUCAAUAUCAUUAAAGGAACUGUUGCUGUUGGAUUCACUGCUAAUUCCAAUGGAGAGGUAAAAGAAGUCCAACUUAAGGAUGGGAGGGUCCUGGAAGCUGAUAUUGUUGUUGUUGGUGUUGGAGGAAGGCCUCAAACAUCCUUAUUCAAAGGGCAGAUUGAAGAGGAGAAGGGUGGAAUCAAGACUGAUUCCUUCUUCAAAACAAAUGUCUCUGAUGUAUAUGCUGUUGGUGAUGUGGCUACGUUCCCCUUGAAAUUGUACGGUGAAUUGAGAAGAGUUGAACACGUUGAUCAUUCUCGCAAAUCAGCUGAACAGGCUGUGAAGGCCAUUAAGGCAGCUGAGGAUGGAAAGACAGUGGAGGAGUAUGAUUACCUGCCAUACUUCUAUUCCCGUUCAUUUGAUCUGUCUUGGCAAUUCUAUGGCGACAAUGUCGGUGACACAGUGCUAUUUGGGGACAACAAUCCCGAGUCAUCAAAGCCCAAGUUUGGUACAUACUGGAUUAAAGAUGGGAAAGUUGUCGGGGCCUUUUUGGAGAGUGGAACUCCAGAGGAGAACAAGGCUAUUGCUAAAGUUGCUAGAGUCCAGCCUCCAGUUGAGGAUGUGGACCAACUUGCCAAGGAAGGCCUUUCCUUUGCUAGUAAAAUAUAAUGGUUUUGUUGGGAAGGAUAAAAAUGCUGGGUGAUUGCACAGAUUGUAUCUGUACUGUGUUCAUUUUACCAUGGGUUAUUCCUUACAGGAACCUUAUUUUGUGUUUUUGGUUUGAUGUGGUUGCAAGAGAUAUGCUUUAUCGUGUCUAUCCCAUUUCUCUUACCACUUUUUGGGUUCUGGUCCGAAAAAGUAAUAAUUAUAGAAUAGAAAUAAGAUUUACAUGGCAUUUGGUUUGCAUGUAGUUUUUAAUUCCUGGGAAUCUAAGUGCUUAUUUGAAUUUACAUUUGAAUAGUCUUGAAUUCACAUUUGCUUCAACUUUACUCGUUGCAGUUUUUGGUUAGAUUUAUGUUUACUAGUUUUUUAAACCAUUUUCAAAUACACAAUAUAAAUUGCUGGAUUUUAUAUU